GGUGGAGACUGGGCCAGAGCAAGCGGAGCAAGGGAGCGCAGAGUCAUUCGUUCUCGGAGGGCCGCACCGGCUCACUACACACUCGCCCUUCUUUCCCCCGCCCGCAGAAGCUGCAGGCGACCAUGGCAGGCUUGGAAGUGCUGUUCGCGUCGGCGGCGCCGGCCAUCACCUGCGCUCAGGACGCGCUCAUCUGCUUCCUGCACUGGGAAGUGGUGACGCACGACUACUACGGCCUGGGUGCUGGCGACCAGCCAGGUCCCGAUGAUAAGAAAUCAGAACUGCUGCCAGCUGGGUGGAACAACAAUAAAGACCUGUAUGUCCUCCGCUAUGAGUCUAAGGAUAAAUCAAGAAAGCUGCUUGUGAAGGCUGUCACCGUGGAGAACAGCAUGAUCAUCAAUGUGCUGGAAUGUGGUUCACAGCAAGUGGCAGACUUGACUUUGAACUUGGAGGAUUAUAUCGAUGGAGAACACCUGGGUGACUUCCACAGGACCUACAAGAACAGUGAGGAGCUUCGGUCUCGUAUUGUGUCUGGAAUCAUCACACCUAUCCAUGACUUGUGGGACAAGGCCAAUGUGAGCAGUCCUCACCGGGAGUUCCCCCCUGCCACUGCCAGAGAGGUGGACCCACUUCGGAUUCCCCCUCACCACCCACAUACCAGCCGGCAGCCUCCCUGGCGUGAUCCUCUGGGCCCGUUUUCUGUCGGGGGAGAGGACUUGGACCCGUUUGGGUGUCGAAGAGGUGGCAUGAUCGUGGAUCCCCUGAGAUCCGGCUUCCCCAGAGCACUUAUUGACCCGUCCUCAGGCCUCCCGAACCGGCUUCCUCCAGGUGCUGUGCCCCCAGGAGCACGCUUUGACCCCUUUGGACCCAUUGGAACCAGCCCGUCAGGACCUAACCCAGACCAUCUCCCCCCGCCGGGCUACGAUGACAUGUACCUGUGAAGGCCUCAAGAAUGUAACAUCCCAGCCUUCCCACCACUCUCCUGGAGCUGCCACUGUUGGCCCUAUCAGCAACUGUGUUCUGGCAGGCUGGGGGCAAGGGACUCAGCCCAUGUGUUUGCAGGCCGGCUGGGAUUGCCUUCCCACCCCCUCCCAGAGCCACGGUAUCUGCUGCAGCUCUCCACCUGGCUGUAUAUAGGUCCCAAGGAGAAGUCUCUCACCACCAGCUCCUCCCCACCUCCUAGGGGAGACCCUGGCAACAUAUACCCUCGACCCGAUGCAGCGCUAUAAGAACAGAACGCAUUUUGGAUGUUAUUAUUAAGAACCAAAUGUCAAUACAAAAAUCAUGUUGCCGGUCUCCCACUUUUCUUUUUUACUUUUAGUGUACAGCUCCUGCCAGUUAUGGGACUUGAGAGUUUGAAUCUUUGUGGGAUUAAGGGACUCCUCCUACCCAGGGCCCAUUUUUGCUUCUCAGGUGUCUUCGUUUGAUAAAUUGUUACUGUUCUUGACAUCACUGUGAUAGGUCCCAGUCUGGCUGUGUAGAUGGAAGUGGGUGACUGGAAACCCAGUGGGCUACAAGGAUAACUUUCACGAUGGUAGGCACAUUGGGAAAAGACAGUGUCAUUCUGACAAUGGUGAAAUCCUCCAGUUCUGCCUGUUCUGGGCUGGUCCUCUGGGUCUUCCUGGGCCUGGGCAGUAGCAGCCCAGCAACAGGGGAGCAAACAGACCUGAAGGCUAAUCUCAUUUUUGCCACUAACUUACUGAGUGACCCUAAGCAAGUCCCUUCCCUCACAGGGCCUGUGUGCCCACCUAUAAAAUUUGAGGUACAUUUCCUUCUCUAAAACACUCUGAUGUCUGUUUCUGUAUAUGGCAACCCAUAGGAACUGGGGCCAUGGCUUUGUGUGGCACUUAGCUACAGGACCUGUAAACUCAGGAGUAUGGGCUCCGAGAAUGGUGUUGAACUUCGGGAGAAGCAAGGAACCCCAGCCUCUAGAAGCCAGUGGUAGUGAAGCAGGACACAACCCAGGAAAGCACUUCACCCCCAAGGAGCCCCCAUCUCUGGAAGUCUGUGUCCUAUGUCCAGGCCCACCUGACCUUUGGUGUUCUCCGGAUCCUUUGCAGCCCGAGACCUGACAGACGUGGUCAGUGAUGAACCCGUGUGCUGGCGUGGAAAGAGCACCACAGAGCACCAGGCUAAGAGGCAAGAGACAAGGCGCUAGUCACUUACGUUUGGCAACUAGCACUUAAGGCAUGGAUGGGUCCUUUCAUUUCUCAGAACCUUGGGUUCCUCCCCGUAAAUUACAGCAUAUUAGUUACCUCUAGGCAGGGGGCUACUAGCUUUCUUAAGUUGCCUACUUGUGUUCUAUAGUCUAGGAUUGUCUGUCUGCUCAGCUUGCAGAUGAGUCAGGGGUAAACUAAACUGACAAAUAGGCCCUGGGUCAGUCUCAGAUGGAGGCUGGGCCUGGGUGGGGAGGCUAGCAGGAGCUGGCUCCCCAAGUAUUUCUGGCAGACCCAUCUCAAGUACUGAUUUAGUAAAAGAUCCCAGAGACAGGAGAGCUGACCAGCUUGAAGUCUUCAGAACGUCUCUGCCUUGCACAAAGACCCAGAGAUCAGGUAGAGCUACAGGCACACUCAUCAAUCAUAGUCUUCUUCCUCGGGGGCUGGCACAUGGGUGGAAUGUUAGCUUUUGUUUUGGAAUUGGCCCAUACCUGCAACUGGAAGAACUUGGGACAAUUUGUUCAUAAGAACAUCCUUUAUUAUAAAAGGAAGCAUUUAAAGGACCAUCAGACAGAAGCAGGGAAGAUAGAUAACUUUUAGGAUCCUGAUUUUAGUAAAAGACAAAACAAUAAAUUUGAUACUUCAAUUUUCUAGUAGAAAGUUCGAAAGGAAAACGCUUUGGGUUGUCGUACAUAUAACUGUUUUCUGAACAGAAUCAGCCAUUUUCCUGGAGCUAAAUCCAGGAAACAUUUUCUGUGUGGGUCUCCUUGCAUCAAGGACACGGAGGAACAACAUCUUAGAUGUUAUGUCGGGGAGAAGUGAAUGGGGCCUUUAGGAACUUCCUAGUCCAGCUGUCAGUGCUUGUUUUGGUCUGGGCCAUGUUCCUCCCUCCAGCUGUGAAGUCACCAAGCAAUAAUGGGGAUACUUCAGGUGUGUGUUUUGUGGAGCCCAAAAGCUGAAGGCUUAACAAUAAACAUCAGCACUUAAUAACCUGCUCCUCUAUUUUUUUCAAUAACAACUUUAUUGAGAUAUAAUUCACAUACCAUAAAGUUCACCCUUCUGAAGUGUGCCAUUCGGUGGUUUUCAGUAUAUUCAGUGUUGUGCAGCCAUCACCAUUUCUAAUUCCUGAACGUUUUCAUCACCCCA